CACGGGCGUUUAUCUGGUACGUCGCGAGGCCUCGAUACCGCGUCACUGAGAUAACGCUCUCAGUUCUCGGCCAGAUUCCUCGGGAAACGGACGGCCCGUCACGUCACAUCACAACGUACCAUAUGUUCACAACAUGUCACACACCAACCCACCAGUCUCUCUUCAUGACGAUGGUGACCGAUGAACGUGAGUCACCGAUUAGCAACGGAUGGUGACACUCGGCGAUUUUCGCGGCGGCGAGGGGAAAUGUUUCCCCUGGUGACGGCCGUGCUGGUGGCGCUGGCGGCUUCGGCGGCUGGCGCUGCUGGCGGCCACGUGCACCCCGUCAACUGCCUGUGCAGGCCCCGGCCCUCCACCCCGCAGACGGCCUUCUGCAGCCACGGCGGCCUCUCCAGGGUCCCGCGCUGCGUCGCCUCCGACGUCGCAGACCUGCACCUCGCCUACCCGCUGGUGCACUCCGUGCUGCCGGACGUGUUCGUCGGCAACGAAUUCUACAAGCUUCAAGUGGUUCUUCUCGAUCACAACCGGGUGCGUUUUCUGCUCGGUGACGAAUUCAGAGAGACGCCCAGUUUGUCCACCGUGGACCUGUCGCACAACAUACUGGAGGGUCCGCUGCCUGUUGACCUCUUCACGAAGAACAGCGUCAUGCGCCACCUGGACUUGAGCCACAACCUGGGACUGGGGAUAGUCCCUGACAACACCACCAGCGCUGCAUUAGUGACCAGCGCCACGCUCCGGUCCCUGGAUCUCAGCCACUGUGGACUCGUCGACCUGUCCACUGACACUCCAGCCCUCCAGCGGCUCACCGCCUCCUGGAACUCUAUUGGAGAACUUCUACCGGAAACUUUCACCUCCAUGCCACAACUCGUUGCAAUAGAUCUGUCUCACAACGUACUUCGCUCGCUGGCCAAUGGGACAUUUAAGGAUUUGACAGGGUUGUCGGAUCUCAACUUGUCGUACAAUCUGCUGGAAGGCCAACUGCCGGGAGAUCUUCUAACGUCUUGCGCCGAGGUGCGUCACCUCGAUCUAAGCCACAACACCCGUUGGGGCGCGAGUAUUGAGGACGACGAGUUGCCACUCGUGUCCAGCAGCAGCCUCCUAUCGGUGGACGUCACCCACUGCGGCCUGGUCCGGCUCUCCCUCGACACACCCGCCAUCCAACGUCUGAACGCCUCCUUCAAUUCUAUCAGUGAAGUGCACGAUGUGACGUUUCGCGCAAUGAGCAACCUGUCAGUACUGGACCUGUCGUACAAUAAACUAAAGACCUUCAGUCUAUCGCUCCCGAGUAUCCGCGUCUUGAACCUGUCCAAUAACGCUAUCGAAAACUUGGACCAAGACACCUUCGGAGAAAUGCCACAGCUCUCAGUGUUGGACUUAUCUUCCAACAAGAUAACAGCUAUCAGUUCCAUAAUCCUGCCCGAAAUUUACUUUUUAAAUAUGUCUGGCAAUGCUCUGACGUUUUUUACCGACUCCGUGAUAAGUGAAAAUGCUUCUAAAAUGAUUCUGGAUCUGAGUUACAAUAAGUUAACGGAGGUUGCGAUAUCUUUAGAUUAUGAAGAACUACUAUUAGGUGAAAAUCCGUUCAUUUGCUCAUGCAAAAUGCUAAAAGAAAUAGGGAAGUGGCUCCGACGGACAGCCGACAACAAAAGUAGAAGAUGCUGGGAACCGAAGGCGUUGAGAGGACUUCUUUGGACACAUUUUCUUACUAAUCAGUAUUGUAUGUAUCUCGAAAGACAUAUUCCAGAAUCUGCUACUUCGUCCAGUGAAUACACCAAUUCCUCUACCGUUAACGUUACAACUGCAGCCGACACAACGCCUACGUCUCUUACCAGCCAAGUAGUUCAUCAGGAGGAGAUGAAGGCUUCGGAGGAAGAAGUUGAGGAGGGCAUGAGCGCGUACAACGCGACGAUGGUGGCGCUGGUGGUGUGGGGCCUGGUGGCGUACCCGUGCGUGGUGGCGCUGCGGCGCGCCUCGCGGUCGCUCUGCCACUACGUGAAGCGCCACCGCUCCAGCGUCGCCCCGUGCGUCGCCAGGUGCGACGAGGACGGCGGCGGCGGCGGCGGCGGCGGCGGCGGCGGCGGCGGUAGCGGCCCGCCGCCGCGGCCUGCACAGCACUCGGGGCGGCGCACGCCGCUGCCCUCGCCGCCCUCGCGGCCCACCUCCCUCGCGCUGCCCCCGCAAGCUCCUCCCACGCUGCGGCGCCCGCCACCCCCGACGCCGCAGAGACCGACGCCGCCCUCGGGGUACGACGUGCUGCAGUUCGAGGCACCGCGCUUCCGCACGCCGCUGCCGCACUACCAGCAGGUCGUCACGCCGACGCCGACGCCGACGCCGACGCCCACGUCAGAAGACUGCUCCGAGACGCAGCCGCUGUGCUUCGAGCUCAGCGAGCGCGCGCCUCCCAACGUCUACGUGCAAGACCCAGUGCAGCCGCGUAUCCCCGAAAGGACGGACGAGCCGGUCUACGCGGAGAUUUACGAUGUCGUGCGGCGCUGA